UAGGUAGGGUUAGAAAUAUGGGUUUGUAACUGGAAUUCGGCUCCCCCGACCCCAUCUGCCGAGUACCCGAUCAGCGAGCAGGAAUUCCAAAACCGGGCAGACCCAGCCAAAAAAAGGACCCAGCAUGUUAGCAACAGACCCAGUUACGGCCAGUUUCUUGCCCCUCCUUCUACUGCCCUUCUAGAAAACUUCGAGAACGGUAUCGGAUGCGGUCGCUGUCCCCGCCGCUCUGCAACCCGCCCGAUGCGGAUGUCGGAUCAUACCCUGGUUUUUUUUUACUUGCCACGAUCAUACCUCAAAGUUAUAUCGUUUGUGUACUAUUGGCGACCGAGCUAUCUGCGAGCUGCAUGGCGCUCGUUUGUUGGUCAUUGGUUUUGGGCUCUGAGGCGGUCGCAGACAAAAGAAAUGAGGCAUUUUCAUGCGGCCAUACGGCACCGGUCGGUGUCAGUCGGUCAGUCGGUCAGCUAGCCGGUGGGUGUCUAUCUUUCCUACAGUACGGAGUACUACGGGGUAUAGAACUCCAUAUUUUUAGGUGGUUGUUCUCCAUACUAUAGCUAUCGUCUGAUCAUUUCUCUAUUUCUGGGAUCACCAUGGAGCCUGGUUGGUGGACUGAGCUAACAAUAUAUUCCCUCACUAGCUUGUGUAUGUCGCUUGAUAUAUAUCCUUAACUAUGUUAA